AUGAUUUUUAAAAGAUUCCUUCAUUCAAAUUUAACUAGAAAAAUUGGUUUCGCGUUUGAUAUAGAUGGUGUUUUAUUACAUAGUAAUUCACCCAUCCCAAGAGCUAAUGACGCUCUUAAACUAUUGCAUGCUAGAAGCAUCCCCUUUAUCCUAUUGACCAAUGGUGGUGGGACAUUAGAACAUGAAAGAGCAGAAUUUAUUUCAAAAAAAUUAGGUGUGGAAAUUAAAACAUCUCAACUUGUGCAGAGUCAUACGCCAUUUAAGAAACUUGUUCCUACCUUUGAAAAUAUUUUAGCUAUAGGGCCUCAUACAGUUCGUCAAGUGGCAGAGAAUUAUGGAUUUAAAAAUGUAAUCCAUUCAAGUGAUAUUAUUAGAUAUAACAAUAUAAUUACACCUUUUUCAGGAUUAAGGAAUCAAAAUGAUGAAUUAAUGAAGAUUAGUAAAAAUAUUAAAAAUAUACAUGAAACGAAAUUCGAUUCAAUUUUAAUAUUUAACGAUUCGAGAGAUUGGGGUGGAGAUAUUCAAAUCAUUAGUGAUAUAUUGAAUAGUGAUAAUGGUAGAAUUAAUACAAAACGUAGUUAUAAAUCAGAAGUUCCAUCUAUCCCAAUAUAUUUUUCUAAUAAAGAUUUAUUAUAUUCCAAUGGUUAUAAUAUAAACAGAUUUGGCCAAGGUGCUUUCAGAUAUAUCGUAAGAGAAUUAUAUAGAAAAUUAAAUGAUGGCAAAGAAUUACAAGAUAACAUAUAUGGUAAACCAUUCCCUGUCAUGUAUAAUUUUGGUAAGGAAUGCUUAGAAAAGCAAGCAGGUAAAAUUAAUGAAAAAGAUAUUUAUAUGAUUGGUGAUAAUCCAAAUAGUGAUAUCAUAGGAGCUAAUAAAAAUGGAUGGUCUAGUUGCUUAGUGAGAAGUGGUGUAUAUCAAGAUGGUGAUAAAUUAGAUGAUGAUCAUACACCGGGCUUACUCGUUAACGAUGUAUAUGAAGCAGUAGAGACUGUUUUAAAGAAUAACCAAUUAUUAUGA